AUGAAUAGAAGACUUCCUGAGAACUUGAAGAAAAUUAGCCUUAAAUUGUUCAAAUUAUGUUCCACCGAAGGAUGUAUAUGGUCCGCUAAAAUAUAUGCUGAACGAGACACGAGUGGAAUCAGGCAAGUCGGUAUAGCAGAAGACGUUUGCACUGAACUUACAAAUAAAUUGUUAAAUGAAGACUAUGAGCUAGCAUUUAAAUUUUUGAAUUUCAAAACACAUGUUGUUGGCACUGUACGCCAAACAAGAAAUUUAUGCCAAGAUAUGUUAUUUCUUACUCAUUGA